AUGGGGGGCCAGCUUCACACAGGUCUGCCACCGGUAGGCUACUACACUGACCUCCCACAGAGCGGCAAGGAGCAGAGCUUCUUCUCCCUGGCGACCCGUUCCCAUAACAACGGCUUCCUGCUCUCCAAGGAGGGGCUCAACCGGCACCAGAUGUACAUCGGCAGUACCAUGGCGGACUUCUGGGGCCUGCCGGACGAGCUGAACGCCUGGAACUCCUUCUGCGCCACGUGGGAGUCCGAGACGGGCCUGACCCAAGUCUGGCUGAACGGCAAACCCAGCUCCAGGAAGACCCUGUUCAAGGACGGCUCUCUGACCGGGAGACCCUUCAUAGUUCUCGGUCAGGACCAGGACAGGUACGGCGCCGGGAUGCACGAGAACGACGCCCUAGUCGGGCAGCUCACGGACGUGCACAUGUGGGACCGCGAGAUCGAGAACUUCUCCAAAAACAGGGACUUCGAGAAAGGGAGCAUGAUUAAAUUGCAUGACCUUGUAUUCACCACCAAUGGAAAUGUGGUUCUAGAGGACAAGAUUACAAGCGAUAGUGGUCCAGACAACUGCUCAACCUACGUCCCUAAAGAGUCUGCCCUGGAAUCAGGUACCUGUACUUUUAUUAACAUGUUGUGCUGUUCAUUGCUGUGCCAGAGGGUGCCGUACUUGCCUAGGUAUAUUUAUCCAUUAAUUAUUUGCCUAGUGCAUAAAAUCUAAAAGAGGAUAUACGGUGGACGAAAAGACUAUGGAGAUGAGACCUGAUGGCAAGAAAAUGAAAGGCCCUGAUGAGGGGCAAAGUAUAAAAGUCUAGUAUGCUGUAGAUGAGCUCCCAUGUUCAUGCCCCCAGAGUGUAGCACUGUAGCUGCCUUGCAACUCUAGCAGUUGGCUGCAACUCUAGGUAGGCUAAGUAGAACCGAUUUUUUAUUACUUUCACGUACCGACAGUACUCGGUGACCGCGAGAAACAGAGAUCUAUGUGAAAAAUCACCGGAAUUUUCCUUUAAUAACUAUCCUCAGGGUAGAUCAAUAAUCUUAAACGCAAAUAUUAGUGGGUCAUUAGUGGCUUUUACCCGCCACAAAAACUUUAGUUCAUGCAUGAGACAUGACUGACAUUUGAAUUAGGGCUUGAUGUGUUAAACUGAAAGACAUUACCAACAAUCUGUUAGGACCUUACAUAAAAGGACACUGAGAUAAACAUUUAAGGCUCAGUUACUGAGGGUGGGUUUAGCCUAACAGUAUAGUAUAUAUACUCUUUUGAUCCUG